UAAAAACAUUUGCGGGAUUGUUGAAUAAUUUAUUAAAUAAUUUGUUGGAGAUAUUGUACUCUCCUUCUUCAUCGACAAAUCACUUUUCGGCGACUCAAAUUUUUUAACCAGCACCGAAUUUUCUAUUUCCUAGAACUGCAAUCAAAUCUGGAACAUAAAAAAUACACCGAAUUCUUUCAAGUGCAUCAAAACUCUUGAACCACAUGACCGGUGCGUUCUCUCUGCGCGUGUCAGUCGCUGUCAUCUGUCAAUAUCUGAAGAUCUUAUCCCUCUGUUUCAUCUCCCGGUGAUCAACACAUGAGGCGGUGAAGAUAAAUUUGGGAAAUAAUACCCACGUGGGUAUACUUUGGACUAAUCGUCUCCUCAAUGCUCCCAAAAAUUAUUAUCAGCCACUCAAAAUUGCGUGGCUCGCAUAAUCACCCUGGCCAUCAAAUUAAGAAUGCAGCAUGAGAUACCAUUCCCCAGUCGAUACCUAAAUUUCGUCCUGGCACUAGUGACAGGUCAUUUCGACAGCAUUUUCCAUGGAAUUUUCAACCAUCUGUUCAAUAAUCUUGAUAAUUCUGCUGCUCUACUACUACCUCCUCCCCCGGGACAAUUUCUUCGAUAAACACGGCAUCCCCUACGUCAAACCUGUACCUCUCCUCGGCAACAUGGCGCCGAUGUUCCUAUUCCAGACAAUGUCCCUUUUCGAGACAAUGCAGAGGACCUACAAUUUCGAUAAGAAAGCGAAGUACGUUGGUUUCCUGGACUUUGAAACUCCAAUACUGAUGAUUCGUGAUCAUGAAUUAGCCAAGAAAAUCACAAUCAAGCACUUCAACUGUUUCGUUAAUCAUCGAGACUUCAUUACCUCCCAGCAGGAUCCCCUCUUUGGGAAUAUUCUCUUCAAUCUGCACGACCAGAAGUGGCGUAACACCAGGAACGUAAUGACUCCGGCUUUUACAUCCAGCAAAAUGAAGUGCCUCUUCCCCAUGAUCACCGAAUGCGCGAGGAAUUACGUAGAUUACUUCGUUGAUCAAUCUCGAGACAAACCACUUGAGCUCAACACCAAAGAUGCAUUUUCGAGAUACACCAACGACGUCAUCGGAAGAUUCGCUUUCGGUGUGACCAUUGACACUAUCAGGAACCAGAAUAAUUACUUCUACGAAGUGGGAAAAAAAUCGACGAGUUUCGAGGGAUUGCCAGGAUUCAAAGUCGUCCUGCUACGUCUGGUUCCCAAGUUCUGCAAACUAUUCGACAUCAAGUUCAUCACUGAUGACGUUGCGGGGUUCUUCAAGAAGCUCGUCGCUGACACCAUCGCGAUGAGGGACGAACAGGGGAUCUCAAGGCAGGAUAUGAUCCAACUGAUGAUGGAAACGAGGAAUAAACAGGAAAGAGAUGAAGACAAGUUGACCACUCUUGAGAUGACCUCGCAGGCGUUCAGCUUCUUCUUCGGGGGUUACGAAACUUCCUCGACAUUCAUGUGCUUCGUGGCCCAAGAGAUCGCUGAGAAGCCGCAUAUACAGGAGACACUCCGGAGGGAAGUGGAUCUGGUCUUUGAAGAACAUGGAGAUACACCUCCGUACGAAGCUAUCAAUAAUAUGAGUUAUCUUGACGCUGUCUUCAGUGAAGCACUUCGCAUGUACCCGGUUUUCGCGUUCCUGGACAGGGUUUGCAACACAGAUUUUGAAUUACCACCAGUCCUACCUGGAAGACAUCCAGUGGUGUUGAAACCCGGUGACAUCGUGUGGAUUCCGAUUUACUGCUUUCAACGAGAUCCGGAGAUUUUUUCCAAUCCAGACGUCUUCGAUCCCGAGCGAUUCAUCAACAAUGGGAAGCUGUCCGCCAACUCGGCUAACUCCAUGUCGUUUGGGCAGGGGCCCAGAAUGUGCAUUGCGAAUAGAUUUGCACUCUUGGAGAGCAAAAUCAUGUUCGUUCAUCUCCUGAGGAAGUGCUUACUCAAACCUGGGAAGAGGAUGAUUACUCCUUUAAAGCUGAGCAACACGAGCUUUCUCAUGAGGGCUGAGGGUGGAUUCUGGGUCGAGCUUCAACCGAGGAGAUUGUGAUGCGGCAAUUAAAGUUGUAUGAUAAAGUUGUACUUUUGAAAGUAAUCUUAUCGAUGUCAUCAGUCUUACGCAUUUUUUAAUCUUAUCAAAUGCUGCUGAAUCAAUCAGUUGCUGUCGAUAAAGAUUAAUAUCAUCGCAGAAAGCAUUUUGUUCGUAUAUGUAUAUUUUUUUAUGUUGAAAGUGUAAUUAGUUGUAAGUAUUAAUUAUCGUAACCUCGGAAGUCAAUCAAGAGAGGCAAAUCAUAUUGGUUUUCUAUAUUAACACUUUUUCUUGGAUAAAAAAAAAUUUGUCCACGGAUGAGAUAAAUAUGCACUUUCAAUCACACCUACGUUAAAAAUGUAUGCGGCUACUAAUAAAUGUGUGGGUAAACAGUGGGUAAAAAAUAAUCAGCUGUGAAUAAAUGGUUAAAUGCGUAUUUUGAUUAAUUCAAGGAUUAUUGAUACUUGUAAAAAUUGCAUCAAGCAAUAAUCAAUAUCGAUAAUCAUAUCAGGAAACGAUAACGCGGUUCAAUUGAUAUUUUCUGAUACACGUGCUGCGCAUUUUUUAAAACCAAAAAUAGAAUUCAAUUUUACACAGAAAAAUCUGGUGGGGGAUUUACGUUGCACUCAGAAUUUACUCUAAAACUACUCGUAAAUCCUUUCUCUUCCAAAUGUCAAAAAAAAAUUACUUUCCACAAAUCUUCCGGAGCAUCUUUUUUCGUCACCUGACAGAUUUUCCAAGAAAAUCUACACCUAAUUUUUCUAAACAUUUCUGAAAGCUGUUCAAUGGACAAAGAUUUUUCUACUCGGAUAUUAAAUACUUCAUCAUUCAAUAAUUUUACUACAAUUCCACGUGUCAGUUCAGAGU